UGUCCCACGCUUUACUCUCAUGCACUGAGUACAUAGACAGCAACUUUGCUAGCCCGGGACCAUACGCCGGCUUGUAGCCAAUCGCAAAGCGCCGCCAGUCACCGGAAGCCUGCACCUGCGGCAUCCAGGCUUUCCCACUGAACGAUCACCGAUACUCCGCAGCCAGUCCUGAAAGAUGAUGAACCUUCUCGCGGCCUUUCUUUUCUGCAGUCUCUGCAUUGGAACUGGGCUUACUGAUACAGAGAGAGCUGUGGAUGGUCUUGGAGACGGGUCUCCAUUCGCAGUUGAAGGUGCCCAACACCUGCCCUACGGUGUAUUGGACAGUUACCAGGUUCUUCUGCCUGGUCUAAAAUUUAACUGCUACGGAAACUGACAAGUUGGAGUGCUCUAGUAGUGUACAGAUAUAAACCUGGCAGUGGUGCACUGUAUCAGGUAACCUUCCAGGUGUGGAGACCAAAUGGUUCUGGGAGAUACAGACUCGUUGGUUUCGAUAAACUAUUUAGAAGUAGUAUCUCACCCAUCCAUGCUACUCAUGAAAAUGAGGAAACUGGCUUAUUAUUACCUGUCGAACGCAACUGAACAAAGAGAAGGAAAUCAGACGUCUGAGAACAAAAAACCGCUCUAUUUUAAACCUGGUGACAUCAUAGGUUUCGACAUUCUGUCCUUCUUCACAACAACCAACCAGCCAAUGUUCAUCACGUAUCGAAACCAGGCUCCGGGUGAUCCAGACCAUCUAGUGAUGGACUUGUUCUACAACACAACUGAUGGAGAUAAACGCUCAGUGUGAAAUGAACACUUGCUCAGACGGAAUGGAGAAAAUUGAAUCCGUGGUGCCCAACAUUUUCUUCACAUACGAGGAGGUGAGUAAGGACAGUGAAGUUUUCCUGCACCAGGAUCCCUCAUCAACGGUAGAUUGCGAACCAGUGGAGUUUGCAGUAGAUGAAUGCCCACCAUCUGUUGCACCAUCAUCCAGCUUAGCCCCCUCCAAUGGUGCUAGCGUCCCCAGCACCUCUCCCCUCGCUUCCUCCACAAGGGACACAGAACGUUAUACUGAUCAUAGCGGUCUCUGCAGGUGGUUCGGUACUCAUACUAGUCCUAGGAGGAAUACUGAUUGUGGUUGUGGCCCUGGUCUGCAAGAAGAAGAAGACGCUUGGUGAUGAUUAUGACUCUCCUAGGGAGGCAUCCAAUGCUCUCUACAGUGAGAUGAAUGUCGACGAACCAACUGCCUAUGCGUCUACCUACCGAAUAAAGCCAGGGAUCUACGUGGAGCAAGAGAGGAACGCAGCCAACCCUUCGACGCCUCAUUUUUCAAUUCGAGCUGGAGACUCUGUCAUGUCUCUCUCCAGUCACAAUGGCCGCGCACCCUUCUCCAUCUCGGGUCCCGUACAUAGCAACGGCCAGGUCCCCUUCCAGAGGAUCCUCCAGCCAAGUGAGAUGGGUGCCAUGUCAAUGCAGCUACCCAGAGGCUACAGAAAUGGAGGAAGCUCGGCGGGAGAGGACCAGAGAAGAUCUCUCCGCGUAGUGUCUAGCGGGACGCACCAACGACCACCCAUUCCCUCAGCAAUGCACCGUCAGAACACAGACGGAAAUUCCCGACAUGCGUCGAUGCCCCUAAAGUCCAUCAGAGACACUCAAAAUCAGUUGAACCCCGGGAAAUCUCUGCCAGCUCUCUCGUCUUAUCCCCAGUCGCCCUCACCGUACCCCUGCCCCCCAACUCCCCAAAUUUCAGACCCCCCAGUACCCUACCUUCUCCCCACCAAACCCUGGUACAAGAGCAACUAUGAACCAACCAAAGUCCCAGAGAAGGAGAGGCCUCACACUCUGCCAGGUGAGGAGGGGCUCUAUGUGCCAACAACAAUGGAAGAGGGAAACAGUACGGGUGAGGACUAUUCCCGAUUACGACAGCCGCACCAUUCGAAGGGGUCCAACGAUGACUCAGCAUUCUUUGAGGGCCCAGACAUUUUUAACGAGCCUGCGUCCUCCACCAAUGAGAUAUACCAGCAGCUCUCCAGCUGGAAGGCCAGGGAAAUCAUCCGCAAAUACAUCACGCUUCACCAUAGGAUUGGGUCUGGCCACUUUGCGACGGUGUGUCGCGGAGUGUGGCAGAGACCAGGGGGAGAGCAAGAAGUGGCAGUCAAAGAGCUCAAGAGCGGAGCCGUGGAGGAGGACAGGGUAAAGUUCCUGCAGGAGGCGGCCAUCAUGAGCCAGUUCAACCACACCAAUGUCGUGAAACUACAUGGAAUUGUCACAAUUGAUGAACCAUUGCUGAUUGUCAUGGAACUAAUGCCAAACGGAGACCUCAAAAACUAUCUUGACAGAUUCACAGCCAACAGACGUUCGCCCCGCCAGCGGCGCAGUCCUGGCUCAACUCCGCCUCCUUCACCGGGAUCUCUUCUCCCCAUCACUCCCUCCCUCCCUCACCAACUCCUCUCGUUCUGCCGGCAAGUGGCCGACGGAAUGGAGUAUCUGGCCCAGAAGAGAUUCGUCCACAGGGACCUGGCCACCCGCAACAUUUUUCUGACUAAAGAUUUCACCUGCAAGAUUGGGGACUUUGGAUUGGCGAGGGAUCUGGGGGGAGAUGACUUAUACCAGUCCACUGGAGGAAAAAUACCUGUCAAAUGGACAGCUCCAGAGGCUCUGCAGUAUCGACAUUUCACUAGUGCCAGUGACGCAUGGAGCUAUGGAAUGGUUCUGUUUGAAAUCUGGUCUCUGGGCCACAGGCCAUUCGAUGCCUGCUCAAUAGAGAAAGACGUAAUGGAGCUGAUAGGGAGCAAUGUAUGUCAGCCGCCACCACCUGGCUGCCCUCGCGAAAUGUACAAACUCAUGACUCUUUGCUGGAACAACAAGGCCAGUAAUCGCCCCAGCUUCUCCCACAUCUGUGAAUACCUCAACCAGUCGGACAGCAAGCUGCUGAAGCUCCCGGCUGAGCUUCCGUCAACUCUGUCUCCCCAGGCCACCCAGUUAGGAGCCUCUCUAGCAGAGGGGAAGGGGCUGUACUCUGACCUGCAGUAUGGAUAUGAAGAGUCAAUAGUCUAGUCUACCAUGUCAUACUCUAGAGACUGAUAUAUACCUGGAGACUGUUAACCCAUGCAACCCAGUCACUUUCAUGCGCGUGUGUGUAUAUACGUGUGUCCACAAUCAGUUCAUUUGCAUAAUUUAACAACUGAA